GAGGGAGAGAGAGGGAUAGAGAGGGAGAGGGGAUGAAAAAUAAAUGUAGAGAAAGAGAGAAGCUCAUAGAAGGAAACCGCGAGAAAGAAUCAGAGAGAUGUGAGAGACAAGGACAACAAAGGGAGAGAGAAGGGAAUAAUGAAACAGUGACAGAGAGAACAAGAAGAGGGAGAUUCAGGGGGAACACGAGAAUCAAGACGGGAUGAUAGGGGCAAGGAGAUAAAGUAACAAAGAGAUAGGGAGAAAGACAAAGAACAUGAUAUGGGGGGACACAGGGGUGGAAUCGAGAAACAAAGGUUUUCAAAAGACAGAAAGGAGGGCAUGAAAUUGGGGUGCAGAUAAUGUCAGAGAGAGACAGAGCAUCAACACACAGAAUGUCUGCUUCCCCACACAUUAGGGUUACUCUGAUUAAGGGGGAGAGUAAGGAUGUGCCAGGCAGAUGAGGAGGAGGAGGGCAGGUAGUGCACUGGGGGUGGAGUAUUGCUGGAGUUGGCUGUUACAGAAAAUGCCAUCUGAAGAUGAGAAGGAGCCAGCUGAGCCGACAGGCUGCUACGCAUCCUGCCCAAGGUCAGUGGGACACAGGCAGUACCACUAGAGGGAGACCCCAGAACAGCCUACGGGAAUCCCCCAUCCCCUAGGUAUGUAAGUACACAAGACACUGUAUAUGGAGUGUGAGUGCACAAGGCACUGGAUGUAAGUAUGAGUGAAAGUGCAUAAGGCACUGUAUAACGAAUGUGAUUUCACUGUAUACUGUGUUCAAGUGCCCCCUUCUUUAUAUAUGUAUACCAUGUGGGGUUGCACAAGGCAGUGGAGUGUGUGUGUGUGUGUGUGUGUGUGUGUGUGUGUACAAAACACUUUAUUCUCAAUGUUGGAGGACAAGGAACUGUAUGUAGAUUGAGUGCACAAAUCACAAUACAACUUUAUGGGUGAAUAACGUAUGCCAAAUGUGAGUUCAAGUAAGCAGGGCACUGUGGUCAGAGUGUGAGUGGCAAGGCAUUCAGUGUGAGUGAGUAGGGCACCGCGGUCAGAGUGUGAGUGCGCAGGGCACCGCGUACAGUGUGUGAGUGCGCAGGGCACCGCAUAAAGAGUGUGAGUGCGCAGGGCACCGCCUACGGAGUGUGAGUGCGCAGGGCACCACUUACAGAGUGUGAGUGCGCAGGGCACCGCGUACAGAGUGCGAGUGAGUAGGGCACCGCGUACAGAGUGAGAGUGACUAGGGCACCACUGUCAGAGUGCGAGUGCGCAGGGCACCGUGUAUAGUGUGAGUGCGCAGGGCACCGCGUACAGAGUGUGAGUGCGCAGGGCACCCCGUACAGAGUGUGAGUGCGCAGGGCACCGCGUACAGUGUGAGUGCGCAGGGCACCGCGUACAGUGUGAGUGCGCAGGGCACCGCAUACAGUGUGAGUGCGCAGGGCACCGCAUACAGUGUGAGUGCACAGGGCACCACGUACAGUGUGAGUGCGCAGGGCACCGCGUACAGAGUGUGAGUGCGCAGGGCACCGCGUACAGAGUGUGAGUGCGCAGGGCACCGCGUACAGAGUGUGAGUGCGCAGGGCACCGCGUACAGAGUGUGAGUGCGCAGGGCACCCGCGUACAGAGUGUGAGUGCACAGGGCACCACGUACAGUGUGAGUGCACAGGGCACCGCGUACAGAGUGUGAGUGCGCAGGGCACCGCGUACAGAGUGUGAGUGCGCAGGGCACCACGGACAGAGUGUAAGUGCGCGUGUGCCAGGGGCCACGUACCGGCUCUGCACCGGGGACCACAGUGCGCCGGGCACCUCGUACAGUGUGAGUGCGCCGGGCACCGCGUACAGAGGGUGAGUGCGCAGGGCACCGCGUACAGAGGGUGAGUGCGCAGGCCACCGCGUACAGAGGGUGAGUGCGCAGGCCACCGCGUACAGAGGGUGAGUGCGCAGGCCACCGCGUACAGAGGGUGAGUGCGCAGGCCACCGCGUACAGAGGGUGAGUGCGCAGGGCACCGCGUACAGAGGGUGAGUGCGCAGGCCACCAGGUACAGAGGGUGAGUGCGCAGGGCACCGCGUACAGAGGGUGAGUGCGCAGGGCACAGUUACAGAGUGUGAGUGGGGUGGGCACCGCGUACAGAGUGCGCAGCGUACUGUAUGCAUUUUCAGGGCUCGAUACAUGGAGCACAGGCAUGCAAUGUGCUGUAUGUGAGAUGUGGGAGCUCACUGCCCUAUAUGCCUAUUUCAUACUUCUUUUAUCUAUUAUCCAAUGUUCUGAUUCCCUGAUUUUGGUUACCCCCUUCUGGUAUUUGUUUGCGUAUUCUAGCCAUGUUAAAAAUGGCUUGGGUGUUGUGUUCCUUCCACGUUAUAUGCAUAGAAGAGGUUCCCAUCUCCUAGGUUAUCCUGAUAAAGCACACUCAGGAUCUGUGUUCUUAUACAAUACUGUAUAGUUUGAAAUACACAAAUGUACAGAGAGACAUAGUAUAGUGUAUGUGCUAAGUUUCAUAGACCAUGUUAUUAAGCACAAAGCGACAAGUAGAUCAUUUUAAAAUACUGAUAAAUUAUAAUAAUACAUGUUUUUACUGAUUUCCGUGACAUUGAUUCGCUUUGUGAUGUAUUAAAGAUCGUACAGAGUCAAUUUUAGGUAAUUAAGCUAAACACAGUUCUGGCACAAUUACUAGCAAAUUUAUGGAAUAAAUAAUAUUUUACCUGAUUUUGUUUUCUGCCUCUGUCAUGAAUGGAUUCUUCACUCCAAGAAUGCACACCAAGCCUUUUUGGAAUGCAAUGUAUGUGAUUGUAAACAGUUAAAUUUGCAAGCAUAGUUCCACUGGGGGGAGGUUGGGACAGGAAACCAAAGGGCCCUAUAGAGUUAGGAAUACAAACCUGGAAUCCUAACACUAUAGAAUCUCUUUAAAGGAACUCUACAUACUACCUACAAACUCCGGCUCCACCGGCAUGGCAGAGAUCAUCAAUCUUGAUUAUCUCAGCCACUCCAAUGCUUUCCAAUAGGAAAGCAUUGGGAGGCUAUUGCUCAGAUCAGCAUCUAUUCCUAGAUGUGCAUUGAACCAAUGCAUCUCUGUGGGGAACAUUCAGCGCCUCCAUGCAGAGUGUGGAGAUGCUGAACGCUGUGGACAUGAGGUAAGUAUAUCUGCUCUCCACAUCACUUACUGAAAAAUAUGCAAGAAGUGCCAGAGCCACUUUGAGCAAAGUUCCAUUUUAGUUGCCAAUGUAAUUUUACCCACAAUCAAUAAGUCGAAAGAAUCCCAUACAAGGGCAAAGAGCAGACAUCAUGGACAAAGGAAAACAAAAUGGAGGUGGCUGGAUACUGCGAUUUGAUGCAAGGAAAAAUAUAUACUAGUAAUUAGAGACAAUGGGGGAGGGAAUAUACUCAUUGAGAUACAAGGGAAGGAAAGCCAGAAGAAAAAAUAACAACCUAAAGCGUAUCGCAUGAAGUCCAAAGCACUCCCUAGAUUGUUUUUUCCCCAUUUACAAAUUUGAUUUUUUUGAUUAAUUUAUUGUAAUGAAAUCAGUUUAACCGCUUAAGGACCAAACUUCUGGAAUAAAAGGGAAUCAUGACAUGUCACACAUGUCAUGUGCCCUUAAGGGGUUAAAGGGACUCUAUAGUCAACAAAACAACUGUAGCUUAAUGAAGAAGUUUUUGUGUAUAGGUCAUGCCUCUGAAUUUUCACUGUUCAAUUCUCUGCCAUUUAGGAGUUAAAUCACUUUUGUUUCUGUUGAUACAGCCCUAACCACACCUCCGCUGGCUGUGACUGACAGAGCCUGCAUGAAAAAAACGGUUCCAUUUUCAAUUAAAUCAAUGAGAUUUUAUCUCCUGCUCUGUAGAUUGACUUUAAGUCACAUACAGGAUGCUAAUGCAGGGUCUAGCAAGCUAUUAACAGCAGGAAAUUAAGAAAUUCUAAAUUAAACAUAAUUUGCAGUGAAGGAAGUGUAAACAUUAGAUCUCACUUUACAGGAAGAGUUUAGGAAGGCUGUGCAAGUCACAUGCAGUGACUGCAUAAAAAUGUAACUCCUAAAUAGAAAAUUGAGCAGUGACACUGCAGGGCUAUGAUCUAUACACAAAAACGGAUUCAUUCAUUUAAAGUGGUUUUGGUGACUAUAGUGUUCCUUUAAGUUAGAAAAUCCCUUUAAAGGUUUAGGUAAACGCUUUUAAAUUUCUACAGCAAUACUAAUUAACUCUGCGUGCAUACCACACUCCAGUCUCCCUAUAUGAAUAUUUACUCUAAAAAUUUAACAGGGUUAGUUUAUUCUCCAUAUCCAAUUUAUAUUCUAGCGUAAAACAUAAUAUGGCUAUUCAAUAAACCAGGAAAGCAGGAAACGAGAAGAAUGAACAGGAAUUGCUGGAUAAAAACUAACAGUUACCUUGUUAAUUCUCUACAAUUCCUACUUUAGUGGAUAAACUUAGUUUAGCUGUAGCAAAACAAUAUUUGCAUAAGCAGAUAAAAGAUUAAUAUUCUUGUUUCUGAAUUCAUUUAGGAAGGCACAGCAUGGUUAAAAGAAUAUAUUCUUCAGCAUUAUAAAUAGCUGUUAUUCAAAGUAUUUAUUUUUAAUCCAUUUUAUUUAGUGUUGUUGAAUGAAUGUGUGUUUAUCCAUGUCACAUUAAUGAUUACAGGAAAGAUUUAGCGUUUAUUAGAUUAUUCUAAUGUUCGGUGCAAGGCACUUAAUAUAAAACACAAAAACACAACGCCAUCAGUGUAUGGAAAAUAGCUUAGAGAUAAACAGAGAGAAAUGGGCCAGCACUUAAUGGCAGCUUAAUCUAUAUCAGAUUUGUAGGAUUUAUUAUUCUCUUCAAACAGGGUGACCUGCCACCUAAAACGGCAACCAUCUAAACCCCAUGCAGAGCUGUAAAUAACCAAUCGUUUUGCCUCAUACCAGGUGAUUAAAAUAAAUGCACCUUACUUUAGGAUGCACAGUAAUGUAAUGGAAAUUGUAAUGAGAUGCAAGUUAAUUUAAUAAGAUUCACAAUCACUCAAUGAUGUACACACCCUGCUGAAGAUUUCCGCAACUUUAACGAUACAUUGACUCACUGAUUGCUGUUUUUCAGGAGAUCGUUUUUUUUCCUUGCUUUUUUUGUGGUCGGGCGACUUAACAGAAAAAGUGAAGGAUCCUCACAGCCGUCUCUGUGGUGAGUCCAGUGAAUGACAUUAUUUCUAUAUCGACGCUAGUUUCUAAUAAUGGCCCAGUGGUUCUGUAUUUUAGGGUCAUAUAUUCUUAGUGUUUGUAACAAUACUAUAAAGGGGGGAGAGAGUGGGCGGUGAAGAAAAACAAUUUCAGGGGAAAUUGCAAUUGUUCUGUCCUUACCUUUAUUUAACAUGUUUUCACGUACAUGCUAUUCCUCGAAUGUUUUUCGUUCCUGGUACUUUGAGACAAUGUUCUCUCAAUCUUUUUUUAAACCUUUGAGUAUUAUGCUGAGAAGUAUUGAACGGGUUAAAAAUCUGCAUGUUACACAAUAUCCUAGUGCUUUACAUAGGUUAUUACGAUAUACAUGGAUGCGAUCACAGUAGACGAGUAAUUUCUAUACUUCUACCCGCAGGACUACGGACCAAGCAAUAACAGCCAUAUUAAAUGUGUCAGGUCUAGCGGUGACAUCCCCAGUGGAGACAACCUGGAAAACCCACAGCGAUACUCACUGUGCAGAUUACCUGCAAUGCUUGCCCGCCCAGAAUGUUUCUUCUCCAGAUGCUAAACCUUCUUGCUCCGCUUUAUUUCCUCUGCCUUCUCGCAGUUACUUUAAGCCUCCAGCUCUUCCUCUUCCUCCCAGAUAUGUGUGAUGAGCGUUCAGAUUCGGUGCCUUUCUCUGGGCUCCUUCAUGGCUGCUUCUUUCUGUUCCUUCUGGUUAACACCCUGGGAAAUUAUGUCCUGGUGAUCUGGAAUAGUCCUGGUGUUGGUGGACUCAGCGCAGAGGUCGAGCUGCCCGAUAAAUCUGUCUGCAGGCUUUGUGCCAGAGUCUUGUGGGACCAGGAACAUCACUGCUUCUUCACCGGGACUUGCAUUAGCCGCAGCAACCUGCGCAGCUUUGUCCUGUUUUGCCUGCACUCCUGUCUGAGCUGUUUCCAUGCUUUAGUGAUGGGAGUGGGAUUUAUUUCAUCAAACUUCUCUCUGUCCUUCUGUGAUCCCCUGACUUUCCUCAGACUGCUUCCUCUGUCCAUCACACGCUUCUUCUCAGGUCAGCCUCCUAGAUAAUCAAUAACCAAUAUAUUAUUUAUGCAUAAAUCUGUCAAAAAAAAAUCCAUCUACAAAACCAGGUGGGAUUUUAUUUGUGAUUAAACAUCUAGUUUGGGAUGAUGUGUGGUAUUCAUCGCCAUCACUUGGUGACCAAUAAGGAAUGCUUGACUGAAUGGGACUGAGUUAAAUUUGACAUAGUAAUAGUACAUCUCAUCUCAAGUCAUCCACCAUCACACAUCCACGCCACGUACACUGGAACUGGUUAAUGUACAUUCUGCUGUACGUGAUAAAUUAUUGAUCCAUGCUAAAUAUAUGGUAAUAUGUCAUAAUACACAACCUGUCCAACUAUUGAUCCCAGUUACACAGUAAUUUGAAAGAGUAAUAGUUAUUGCGUUAUUUAAAAAACAAAAACACAACAUUUUAUUAUUGAUCUAUACCAGAUAAACUGUAAUUGGACUACAUUUAAACUUUACAUUCACACCAGGACAGGAUAACACACAUAAUAUAAGCAAGUGAACCAGUUUGUGAUUACAGUUAAAAUAUAUUACCCUCAUAUUUGUCCUGAUGCCUCAAGCAGUCUUCUGUACAUGGACUUAUCUCUGGCUACUAAAAAUACUUGUUUGGCCACAAACAGCCUUUAAUGUAUGCAGAAAGGAAUGCAAUUUUUUUUUUUUUUUUUUUUUAAGUGUCCGGGUGCUGCACGUCCAUGUAUGGUCAUUCCCUUAAGGGUAUAAACUUGCCAUUCAAGCCUUCCACCCUAGAAACCUCCCCAGGAUGAAGCAAUGCCUCACACAGAUAUUAUUCUGGAAGUAUAAAGAACAUCCCAUUGCCCAUUAUGUGCAGGGGUGAAAUCUUUAAUAUUCCGGGGUGUGAAAUGUAUAACUGCAUGUCCCAGGCACUGGGCAGGAAGAUUGUUUUAUUCUUUAACCCUAUCGCAGGCAAGCAGCAGGGCUGAUUUGAGGAAACUGGUCCAGGGCACGGAAUGUACCUCUGGCAGGUGCCUAUCCACACUGGCCCGGAAAUUUCCCAAUUGGCUACCUUAGCUUACUGGUGGCUCACAGGGGGUGUGAGGGGGGGCAGCAACCCACUGCUCAUAAUGCUCAGGGCGGAAUCCCACGGCCGACACACUGUUAAGGGCACAGAGAGCAUUGGACAGGUUGUACACCCGCAAAUGAACAUCCAGGAAGCUGAGGGUAAUGUGGCCUGUCAAAGAAUGUGUAGUUUGUGUGUAUAUGUGUUAGUGGGUGUGUUGGUGGUUGUGUGUCAGUGCGUCAGUGUGCAGUGUAUGUGUAUAUCAGUGUAUCACAACCAGACAGGCAGAACAUACACACCACACAUCAAGUACAGUCAAUACUCACAGCUCGCACAUAAACAGCCAGCACACACAAUAUCAAGCAAAGACACGAGCAAGCAGUCACUGCACAUACAUGACACAUAACGAGCACACACCAAACACACAUUAUGAAAAGGGGGGGACGAUGGGAGGACAGUAGGUAAGACACUCAGGGUAAUUCAGAAAACUCUGAAUUUUUGCAAAGUAAAUUCAAAUGGUAAACUGAGGGGAAAAGUCCAUGUGAUGACGAUAGCAUAGAGAAUAUUCCCAGAUCAACAAAUGUUGCCUCCAUUUUCCAUUCAGAUUUCAUUUGUGAAAAUUCAGAGUUGAACAAAUAGCCCUGUCAAUGUCUAGAGCUCUUGGCAGGGGCCUCGAUCUUUUUAAUUGAAAUUUUUUUGUUUUCAGACAAGUAGAUUGCCAUGACACAUGUCAGACAAGUAGAUUGUUACCACUUUAGUCCCUUAUUAGAUUUUGUUUAAAGAAUGUUUGUUAUUAAUUUGGAAACCAAAAAAAACCUCACCAAAAAGGGUUAAAUAGCUGCCCCUGCCGAAACAUACCAACAAGAACACUGAGGAGUCUCUCCAACGCACCAGUCGACGAUACUAUAAAUAAAAUAUAUACGGGUGGAAAAAAUAGAAAAACAAUAAUAAAAUAAAUUAAAAUCUAUGGGCAGCUUGACACACAAUAAAGGCGACUUUAGUUGAGAAUCUAAUAAAACGAAGACUAAGUGAGCGCUCCAGCAAUAAAUAUAGAGAAUUUAAUCUAUUGCACUGAUUAAAUGACACACUUUAAAAAUAAAAGCAAAAAAAAAAAAAAUGGGCCAUGAACAUAAUAAAAUAUCAAGCAGGCUGUGCAAGAUAAAUAUGUACCCACUGAUCGUGGACACUGAUACCUGUUGCAGUCUGUAUGUAAAGAUUAAAAAGCCAGGGUAGACGGCACCAAAUUUAAAUGAUACACACUGCAACAAAGUUACCAAAACAAACCUUAAUCUGAUCAAACAGUUUAACUAGAGCCUAUGGCUACAAAAUUGGGGCAUGUCAACUAAGUCCCGCCCUUUCCCUUUUGUCCAUGCUACCAUGUGGGUUUGUGGACUCUCCUACCUAACUUAUCCUUAGCUGGGAAACUGUGAGUCUCAAAGGGAGGCCCAUUUUAUCCUUUAUAAGCAUAUGGACUUGUGUGUUGGAUUGACUAAUUAGCCUCUUGACACUGUUCUCUAAAAAAAAAUAAUUUAAAUGUAAAAAACACACUUAUGUAUAAAUCAUCUCUAGAAUUUAACCUGAAGCUGUGGGAGGGACGAGUGGCAAAAGACAAAAGGUUAGUAAUGGCAACAUAAACAAUACAUCCCCUUUAAAUACCUUAAACCCUUCCUAUUGUUUGUUUUUUUCUCUCUGGAGAAUGUAUGGCUUGAGCCAAACAAUGGGAACAAACUGGUCCCUUUACAUAAAGUUUACUGUUAACGAAGUACCCAAUGAUUGUUAUAACAGGAAAGGCAACCCUUCGCUCCAAACAUUUCUAAAGUCAGCUUAUGAAAGACUCAGCGGAAUCUAGUCCUAUUAUGUGGCAAUAAAUUCUAGUAAGAUGUUCCUGGGAUGCCCAAAUUUUAUAAUUUUACAGACAGGGUCUCAUUUAUAUGCAACGAUCUCACGGAUCAUUAACUGGCUGAUAGAGCAAUCUUCCAUUACUGGAUAUACUACAUUCACAGUUAGAUACAGGGAUACAUUUCUCCUACAUAACAGAAGAUAUAUAAAAAUAAAAAAAGUUGCACUUAUGGACUCCACACAAAAUAACGGGACAAUACAACAGGUGGAGACCAUUUACAGAGAACAUUAAAAGUUCUGUGUAUAGUGUUCACCCAAACUGAUAUAUUAUAAUUGGAACAUAUACUGCACAUUAUGCUUUUACAAUGUUCAUCCAAGCUGGGAGUAUUAAUGGGAUAAUAUACAUUUUGUAUCCUGUACUGCGCUGUUAUAUGCUGUAGGCCUGGGGAGCUCUUUUUCCAAACCAUGAUGUAAUUUAGAGUUUGUGAGUAACAAGGAUGAUGAUUACAGCUAUUAAAAACAAUAUGGUGGCAAAUUAUUAUACAGGGAAAACGUGUUUAACCAACAUUUCCUACCGUCCACUUACUAACCAACCAUGCAUAUACAUGAUCUUUAUUAAAUGCAUCCACCAAUUAACGUCAAUGCUAGUUUUCCUUCAAGACGUAUUUUUAGAACUAACCCUACACACAUUUAACAUGACACUGUGUGAUCUCAGACUAUGAGCAACACACAGAUUGUGAAAGGUAAUGAAUGCUGUAUGAAGUGCUCGUUGAAUGGAAGCACGGGAACAAAGUAACGAGUUACAGGUAGCAAUCUCAUUUUUGAGAAUUCCAGUCUGCUGGCCUUCACAUAAAAACCAAAUACUCUACAGUAAAAUGAUUUUCACUCCAAUCCAGCAAAUACCAUGAAGGUUAUUCGUAAAUUUCCAAAUUGUGGUAAAUCAAAAACAGAGCUGCAAAAUUUAGGAGAAUAUUGUCUAUAUAUUGCAAUAACUAGCGUCAUGAAAGAUGCACUUUAAAGCCUGUCUCACUUAAGGAUGAUUUCCAUUCUUGAAGUGGAUUGAAUAGCAAAAUAAUUAUUUUAAAGGAAAAAAAAAAAACACACACACACUGAAUGAGGAUAAAACAGUAAGACAUAAUGUAAAGUCACAACACGAGAAGAAAGUCACAAGGAAAGAACGCACAACAUGAGAAUAAACUAGGAAUACAAAGUCACAACAUGAGUGUAGAAAAGAGUUGCAUCACUGUCCUCUUUUUGUCAACGAGUCAUGCAUUAAGACAUUCCAAAAGCAAAGACUUCUGUAGCCCUAACCAAACAAACAAAUCAUGAGUGUAACCAUAUAUACACAUACACACACUCACACAAAAUAGUAAAGCCUGUAUUAUGGAAAUACAAUGCCAUCAACAAGUUCUGAAGACAUUAUAAAGGGUUGAGACUGAUAACUGAAUAAUUUAUGGAUGGCAUUCAUUUUUAUUUAAAGGUAUACUAUAAGCAUCAAAACUAAGUUCGCCCAAUGAAGCACUUUUAGUGUAUAGAUCAUGUCCCUGCUCAAUUCUCACUGUUUAGGAGUUAAAUCACUUUUGUGUUUAUGCAGCCCUAGCCACACCUUCAAUUUUUUCUUUUCAAUCAGAUGGUAACUUCUCUAUAAAUUGAACUUUAAUCGCAUACAGGAGGCUCUAGAAGGCUAUUAAUAGAGGAGGCGAUAAGAAAUUCUUAAUUAAACAGACUGUGCAAUAAUGGAUUUUUAGUCAUUAGAUCUCACUUUACAGGAAGUGUUUAGGAAGGCUGUGUGAGUCACAUGCAGGGAGGUGUGACUAGGGCUGCAUAAACAAACUGAUGUAACUCCUAAAUGGCAGAGAAUUGAGCAGUGAAACUGCAGGGGCAUUAACUAUACACCAAAACUACUUCAUUAAAGGGAAUGCAAUUAAUGAUUAUUUUUUUUAAUUAGGGGUAUAUUAAAAAAUAAAAAACAGUUUGCAAAAGCUGCAGAUCUCAUGCUUUCCCACCAAUCCAGACUUUUUGUGGCUGUCCAAUCACAGACUUCCCAAUGCGUAGUCUUUGAAAGGCAGUUGCUCUAGGCAAUUGCCAACCAAGAAGUAACAGUAUCUGCUUGAAAGUUAUGGGGGUGGGACCAGGGACGUAUUAGCCGCGAGGCAAACAAGGCAUUUGCCUUGGGCGGCAUUUUUCAGGGGGCGGCAAAAAACGCCGCCCCCCAAAUGCCCAGGGCAAAUGCCUAGUUAGCCUUGCGGCUAACUGACAUCCCAGGCGGUCGGGCGGGCGAGGGAGCACUUCCUAUGAGCUGUCUGCUCAGCUCCCUCGCGCGCCGGCUGCAGUGUGAGGCUGGGAGCCGGAAGAUGACGUCAUCUUCCGGCUCCCAGUCUCACUCUGCAGCCGGCGCGCGAGGGAGCUGAGCAGACAGCUCAUAGGAAGUGCUCCCUCCCCGCCCCCGCCCCUGGACCACCAGGGAGAGAGAGACCUCCCAGCACUCCCAAAGGUAAGGAGGUGGGGGGGGGGGAUUUAAAUUUUAAAAAAAGUUAAUCUGUGUGUGUGUCUGACUGUGUUUGUGUAUGUGUGUGUGUGUGUGUGUGUGUCUGUGUCUGACUGUGUGUGUGUGUAUGACUGUGUGUGUGUGUUUGUGUCUGACUGUGUGUGUGUUUGUGUCUGACUGUGUGUGUUUGUGUGUGUGUGUUUGUGUCUGACUGUGUGUGUGUCUGACUGUGUGUGUGUCUGUCUGACUUUGUAUGUGUGUGUAUGUGUCUGACUGUGUGUGUGUGUCUGACUGUGUGUGUGUGUGACUGUGUGUGUGUUUGUGGCUGACUGUGUCUGUGUGUGUAUGACUGUGUGUUUGUGUCUGACUGUGUGUGACUGUGUGUGUGUGUCUGACUGUGUGUGUGUGUGUGUCUGACUGUGUGAGUGUGUGUGUGUCUGACUGUGUGAGUGUGUGUGUGUGUUUGUGUCUGACUGUGUGAGUGUGUGUGUGUCUGACUGUGUGUGUGUGUAUGUGUCUGACUGUGUGUGUGUGUGUGUGUGUAUUUAGAAGGUGGGGCGGGGGGAAGGGUUGGGUGGGUGUGGCGCGGGGGGAGGGGGGUGCCUGAGUUUUGUCCUGCCUAGGGCAGCACAAAACCAGGAUACACCACUGGGUGGGACAAAGUAAAUGUGUAAAAGUGUAAAAUACUAUUGAAAUCUGCACUUUUUGUAAAAUUAAAAAAGGAGGGCACACUCCAUAAAAAGAAUUUCAGAAAGCGAAGGUGCUUGGGGGGGUCUGGUUUGCCCCUUUCAGCUAAAGUAAUUUUUGUGCCUUUAAUACAUCAUCAUACCUCAUAACAUUUCACAUGAAAAAGCAGAAGGGCACUAAUUCUUUUAAUGUGAGGCCAGAGGCAGGAUGGCUUACUAAUUAUUUAUGAAACUAAAUAGAAUUGUCCCACCUAAACAGAGGUAAGGAUGAUCUAAGGUUUCUUUAACAUUGGUGUAGUUCCAGGCUACCCGAGAAUGUUUGAAGUUACACCGGGGGGGGAGGGGGGGGGGCAAUUCAGCUCUUUCCCUUUACGGACAUGCCAGAAGAACCGUUUAGUACAGGGGUACCCAAAAGCUAAACCCCCUGAUGUUUAAAGACUACAGCUUCUAUGACACUUUGUCAUUCUAAAGCAUUCUUAAGGGAUGCAAAGCAUUGUGGGAGUUGUAGUUCUACAACAUAUGGGGAUUUACAGUUUGGACACUCCUGGUUUAGCAAGAAAUAAUAGGCAGAUCAUUUAUACAUGACUAUCUACACACAUACAAAUACAGUGAAAGGUAGACUGGAACGAUGGGGGGGGGGAUAGGAUGAAGUAUUCGGUGAAGUUUGUGCAGGUGGAAACUGAAAGAAAAAAGAUCUUUUAUAUACGUGUGUAUUAAGGACACAGGGCACACUGACAGAUGGCAGAUAAAAGGAAUCAUUUUUCAGGUGUGACAGGUGGAUACAUGUAGGAGGAAGAAGGCUGAACAUUAGUCUAACAACUCUGCCAAUAAGAGGUUAAUUACCCUGUGUCAUAUUGAUAAAUGUGCCCUACUUUUCCAGCUUCUAGUGACAAUGACAUACGGGGCCCCUACCCGAGGCCCAAAUGUUGCUCUAUUUUUAGUUUUAUCUAUCUGUCUCAGUCAUUUUCUCUGCUAGUCUCCGUUACAACCCCCUUUGCCUAACUGCCCUCCUUGGUAUCUCUCCUUCCCUUUACUACCUCCCCAGUAUUGCCCCCUGGGUCUGUAUGACUCUUCACAUUACUGCCCUUAUAUCAGUCUUUUUCUCUCUAUCCUUCACAGUCUCAGACUGCUGUUUUCUACUAAUGCCUAAAAAGCUUGCCUCCGUUAUCCAUGCUGCAUGCUCCCCCCUGCCCCCCUACCUUUUCCAGUUCUGUCCCCUGCAUUGGUAUAGCUCACUCCAUUAUCCCCCAUAACCAUUAUUAACCUGUCGCUUCCCAAUAAUAUCCCCUAAAUCUUUCACCACUGCCGUCAGUCUCCAGGAAGUGUCAUUGCAUCUGUCUCUGUUACUGCUCACGUUUCUGUCUCUCCAGUUACGUUAUAUACAUCUUUUCACAUUUUCCAAUUUUUCACAUGGCUAAAGGAGUACUUUGGUUUAAAGGGAGAGGAUUCCAAUGCAGCUUAUUGUGGUUACUGCAGUUUGUUAGAUGGCUUCACAACAGCUUUUUAUGUAAAUUGAUAGCAAAUUUAGGACAAAUUGUUGAAUUAUCAGAAACAAAUAUAUAUACAUAUAUAUAGUGCCAAUUCUUAACCCUUACUCCUCACCUUACACUUUACCCCUAAUUGUAAUGCUGAGCGUAAAUUCCUAAAACCUAGGCAAUAAGGUACAGCUUGCUUAUUAUACAAUCCCCAUUUGCCUUAAAUAGAAGUGAGCCACUUAGCUAUAUACCGAAUAUUACUGUGUGAAAAAGAUGUACCGAUACACCAAACAUUGCUGUAAAUUCUAUUGCAUAUUCCAUACAUUCUGUAUGUAUAAGUUGUGGAGGAAAUGGACAAAAUUGGUUCCAGAUGAAUGGCCAUCCCUUCUAAAACGGACACCUAGGAGGUAUGUCUGUCUAUCUUCAAAUUAUGCUUUCCCUUCAUCUGCUCAUCUUAAAACUACAGUAAUAUAAUAGGUAUAUCUGGCUCCAUAUUAUUGUUUUUAUUGCCCAAUUCUAAAAUCACUGCCACUACACCUUUACAUAUGUAUGAAGACAAUGUGUACUUUGUGGUACAGCAGGAACAUGCAGAUUUAUACUGUGAUAAUAGGUUUUGAUUUGCACUUUUCUUACAGAAGUGCUACAGUAUGGGUAUAUAUUUAUUUAUAUUUGACAGUUUCAUGUAUACUGAUGCCUUCACAGGUUUAAUUACGCAGAAAGAAGGGCAGUAAAAACAGUUGUUACAUGGUCUAUGUACAUUAGUUGUACCUAGAGCUUUACAGUUUACAUUACAAUAGAGUGAGGGUGUAGUAGAUAUAGAUCUAGCUAUAUAUAUUUAGAUAAGCAUACACACACUUUAUCUGUAUUGCUUUAAGCAUUAUACGAUGUAUAUUUUAUAUAAACACCAAAAGAAGUACUAGAAGCAAUAUAUGUAGUAGGGGGAGGAGAAGUAAUUUCAGAAAUUAUAUAUAUAUAUUAUAUAUAUAUAUAUAUAUAUAUAUAUAUAUAUAUAGUGGUUAUGCAUGAAUUUGAAUCUGUAGUGGAUCAAGACUUGGUGAAUGCAUUAUGAUUGAAAAUGUCGAGAGAAUAGGCAUAAACCGAUAUGGCAGCAGCGUAGGUUACUGGAGCAAUAAGAUGGCAGUGAUUUAAAAUGAAUUUAUUUUUAAUUUCUUAUAUAUUAACCUCAGUCCCCUCCUCACCCCAAAAAAGUGUAAUGUAAACAAACUGUAUGAAUGGAUUGCCACAGAAGAAACAGAGAAUGGGAAACAGAGUGUGAAAGUCAGAAUGAAGGUAGGAGAUUUGGGAUGUAAAUGGUUUCUGUACUGGAAGAUUCCUUAGUGAAAUAAACUUUAUUAUAUUGCAUUGGAUUCUAAUAGCCGAUUGAAGAAGACCGUUAUGGGAAUUUGGUAACUAGAAAAGGCAUGUCCGGGCCUGUGCAAGGUUUUUGACCCCACCCCUCACCCCCUCAAAUGCAUCUUCACCUGUGUGUCUCCUAUCUCUCCUUUUGAAGCUCUUAUCCCCGUUCAUCCCUUUGUGUCUUACUUCCCCAACCCCUCUGUGUGUCUCUUUCUCCACUUCCCCAACCCCUCUGUGUGUCUCUUUCUCCACUUCCCCAGUCCCUCUGUGUGUCUCUUUCUCCACUUCCCCAGCCCCUCUGUGUGUGUCAUCAUCCUCUUUCCUAGGCGCAUUUGUGCGAUUGUUCCAUUCCCCAGGCCCUAUUGUGUGUGUGUGUGUGUGUCUCUCUCCCCCCCCUCCUGCAGGUCUUCCUCCAUGUAGAAUGGCCGAGCAGAGCGCAGUAGAGGAUCUCCAGUGAACACUUCCUGUCAGAUCGGGGAGAGGACACAGAAGAUCCUCUACCUCGGCCACGCUACAUAGAGUGACUGGCAGGAUGGGAGUGCUGUGCGCUCCACUCCUGCCAGUCACCUGGACACUGCGCUCCCUGAGACGAAUGCCUGUGCCACUUUACAGUUGUGAGGUUUUUACUUUAUGAAAAAGAGUGAGAGGAAAAAGAAAAUAAAUUGCUGCGGUGGUCAUGUGGUUGGAGUAACCCUUUAAUUACUUUUUUGCAGCUGCCAAAUUCUACAAUCUCUGCGCUAACCUCAAAUGUAUUGUACAGGUUGCCUAUUGAUGGUUGAGUUAUAAAUUGUCAAAGUGUGGUGAGGCAACCACUUGAUAAAUGGCUUAGCAGAAAUAUAACUCCAAUCAACCUCAUCUAGUCGUUGGAUGAGACUGAUGAGUAUAUUAUUCCAUGAUAGCUUUAUGUGGCAAGUCAUACUUUUAUGGACACAAAAAUACUUAAAAACAGCACUUGAACAGGUUUUUGGUUUUUAACAAUUGCCUAAAUCUCAAUAAUGCCAUUCAUCUCCAUGAGAAGCUUUAGACUGGAGAUUUGUCCUUUAAGUAUCAAAGCAUUUGAUUGGGCAAUAUCCCAGGCACUAACAAGUUAGGAAGUGUUAAACAAAAAGGGGAUGGAUAUUCAUAAGGCCAGUUCAGGAGUUAAAGGAUCAUUUUGGAAAUAGUGCAGAAUUUCAAUGAAAAUGUACACUUUUAUGGCGUGUGUUAUCAUAAUCCACAUGUCUGGAUUGCCCUCACAAGUUUAACACCUGAUUUUAAUGUGGACAUGUCAGUCUAGUCUGUUAUGAAACCUGCCAUUAAUAUACAAAAAAAAUUAGGUAUUGGAGGGUGGAGCUAGCUCUCGAUCAAGCAAACCGCAGGGACAAGAAGCUCAGACAGCGAGACACACAAUAAGCCAAAGUACACUUACCAUAGUGCAAACUGCCCAAGGUAAAGUCUGAGGUGCUCCUCCAACGAUGGGGCGAAAGAUUAAGAAGCCCGGCCGGAUCGGCCUAGAUUCUGCAUUGAUAUAGGAGAUCUGCUGUGGAUACCGCAUGGCGAGGUGAGGCCUGAGAUGGCGGCGGACCUCUGGGAUUUCUCCCUCCACGACAUGGAAGACCUGGGCCACCCAAGCCCACUCAACCCACUGUGGGCAUGUCCCCCCCAGUCACCAUAGCCAUACUCACCAGCCUAUUAGCAGACCUCCGUCAAAUCCUUUCUUCCGAGAUCACACAGGUUAGAGAGGACGUUCCCUGCACGCCUGGACACAGUUGAGCAAACCACAACAGCUUACACAUCACAAGUCCUAGAGCUGCAAAAGCAGGCCAGUGACCUCAAUUUGGCCCAUGCCGCCCUUAGCCACCGACUAGCUGCACAGAAGGACAAAAGGAGGUGCAAACACCUGAAAAUUAGAGGCCUAGCAGACAGCGUCAGCACUGCCUCAUUUUCUGCGCAGACUGCUUGCGGCCCCCCUGCCGCCCAAACAGGCAAAAGACAAUAUUAGCCAGGAUGUUCCGCCUCCCUAAACCUCCAUCAGCCGUGGCUUCAGCCACCAGCGACCUACUCAUAAAAUGUCUAAAUGGCCAAGACAAGGCCACCAUCUUGAAUGUAACCAGAGGAAAAACACCAUAUCGGUUCAAAGAUAUGGACCUUGCCUUUUUCUCUGACCUAUCCCGUGUGACACUGCAAAGGAGAAAAUCACUGCACCCUCUCACAACAAUUCUGUUGUAUCAAAGCGUUAAAUAUCGCUGGGGAACCCCUCACAUUCUCAUCAUACAGCACCAGAACGUGGAAUACAAAGGGUCUGAUGCCUCCGAGAUAGACGCCAUCCUGACCAGGCUUGGUCUGCUACGCACCUCAAUAUCCAACACUCCAGCCUGGGAUCCGACCACCAUAACCCCUAUUCAUACCAGCAACCAAGAGCAAGACCACUGUGGUAGUUACCUGAUUGCAGCACCCUCUUUUUGUUUAGUUUUUUUUUUAUGCCUUAUUUACAAAAAAUUUCUACCUCUACAAAGAAGGACUUGAGCGUCUUCAGUUUAUAAGUUCCUAACUUUUAAAUAUUUAGUUAUGUUUCUUGGGAUUAUAGCCUACCAAGUUUAUGGGUAACCCCUGUGGCCUUCCUGGGUCAAUAGCUCCCCUACUACCACCAUCCCCCCCCCCCGCCACCCCCCAGCUCUGCACAAAUAAUUUCUCACUGUCCUCCAAUAUGUGGAGCUGCCAUCAUGGAUUGCACCGCAUCCCCUAUCUUUAGGUCCAUACUCACCUUUUUUUUUUUUAAUUUUCCUUAUGUUAUGUUUUAUUUUGGCCACUGCAGUGCCUUUAAACUAAACCUACUGCUUAUAACAACUAUACAAACUGCUUCAGCACGGCUUUUUACUCUAAUUAAAAAUACCCACAGUCAUUACGGUUAACAUUGCAGUUGAAUGUAAGUCGCAAACCAUUAUGUUAUAUCUCGACAAUUGUAUUACAUGUUGUGAUUACAAUGAACCUGCCUGUGGCAAAAAUAAAGAAUUAUAAAUUUUUUUUAGGUAUUGCCAAUUUUUGAACUUCUGUAUACUGCAUGUAUAUUACAUCUUGAAUCCUUCAUUGCUUGUCAUGUUACUCUACUUACCUCAAUAAAACAAAGAAUGACGAAAAAAACAAAAAAGUACACUUUUAUAAAUUAUUCUGGUUACACCCCACUGGCUUUUCAAGCAGACAACAGGCCCUGUUACUUCCUGGUUUGGUUAGCUUAUUUGCAUUGAACUCAAGAGGCAGCAAUUGCCCAAAGCACCUGCCUUGCAAAGACUUCUCACUGAGCUGCAUUGGAAAGUCUGUGAUUGGACAGUAACAGAAAGUUUGGGAGGGGUUAGAAGAGGAGGGGUGGCAAAGGCAGAAGAAACGAGAUCUGCUGUUUUUUUAAAGUUGUUUUUAGAAAAACGCCCUAUGAAAAAAAGGCAUAAUUAAAUGCAUGCAAGUUCGCAUUUGGGGUAUAUCUACUAAACCGUGAUUGUUACAUUUAUUUUGUAUUUGGGAAGUGGAGUGUCCCUUUAAUGAAAUGCGAGUCGAUAAGGCUUUGGAAGUAUUUGUGCAAAUUUUAGUAAAUGCUUGUUUAAUUUAUUGCACGGAUUAUUACGAACAUUACAUUUCCCUUUAACUUCUGGAAUAAAAGGGAAUCAUGACAUGUCACACGUCAUGUGUCCUUAAGGGGUUAAAUGUGCACAAGAUGGGCGAUCAAAUAAAAAUUCUGUAUGUGUCGUUACCCUUCUCUAUAUCACUGCUCUUUUGUGUUGCUCGCCUCUACAUCACUGUACCCUCUCAGUAUUUGUUGCCCUACACCAGCCUGUCUUUGUGCUGACCCCGUGUCUGACAUUUCAGAAUGUCUUUGUAACCUAUUCUGCCUUUUGUUUUACAGGAUCUCUCCUGAGUUCACACAUGCUUGUGGUUCUCAUGCUUUACCUCUGGUUUACAGUGGGUUUGGCCUGCGCGGCUUUCUGCGGCCACCAGCUUUUACGGAUUUCCAUGGGACCGACCUGCUACCAGCCCCAAACCGCAGAGCACAAUGUCAUGACUUGGACUGAGAACCUGCAGAAAGUUUUUGGGAAGCAGUGGUUACUGGCAAUUCUAAUGCCCCAGUCAAAGCCCCAAACUUGUCCUCCGUGAUUGUGCUUCUUCCCCAACAAUAAAGAAAAUCACGUAGAGGUUAAAUAUACUGGAGGAAAGCACCUUAUAUAGUCAACUGCUCCCUGGUCCAUUAAUUUCAGAAUCUAAUCACUGCUUUUUGCUGCUUUCCCAACUGCCUUUGGCUGGUAACCUGAUCACCUCACACCUACAAAUCACAUGUUCUAUCACUAUUUCCUGAUAUUAGAUCCUCUUUAAAAAAAAAAAGUUAUAGAAUAAGUAUUUUAAAUAUUCAAAUAUAUAUGUGUAAGGUGACUUGAAGAGGACACUAGCCACAAAGUAGAGUUUAGAGAAUGCACAAUAAGGAAAUGGUUCUAGGAUCGGAUUCCUACAUCAAUCGUAAAUCUAGAUAAAACACAGACAGAGUACGAAGCAGGCAAUUAAGUAGAUCUAGUUUCACUGCUCACUGCUGGCUGAGUGCAGUGCCAGGUAUUAUGCUAU